AUGGAUGAAAAGUAUAUGGAAGAUUUGGUCUUGAAAAUUCCAAAUUCUGAAAAUAAUCCAUUAACCUUUGGUACCCUUUUUGACUGCCGUCAAUUCAAAACAUCAAGUUCUAAUUUAUUUACAACAAUGCUUACAAAAAAAGAGUAUUUUAAUAUUUGCCCAUUGAAAAACAAAGAUUACCGUUUAGUUUAUGUUAAGAAUAUAAAAGAUAAACUAAAAAUAUUAAAAAUAGACGGUUCAGUGUCAGUAGAGGUAUUAUCAGGUAUUAUUAAUAUAGAAGGACGUGGCCAUUACAAUAAUACAUUUUCUAAAAACGUGGGUGAAGAACAACUUAUAUGCCAAUAUUGUCAGGAUGAUUAUUAUGUUGAAUUGCUUCCUAAAGCAAGUGGAUUAAUAGACAACACUAUUAAAGAACAGCUCAUCAACAAAACUAUUACAGCGACCCAUAUUGUAUCUGGCAUAACAUUUGGAGCAGAAGUGAACGCUGAGAUAAGAAUCAAACAAAAUGAUACUUGCCAAAAUGCAUCUUUUAGAGAUUACUUGAUUGGAAGUAUUCAUUUUGGUAAAGUGGAUGCAUCAUUGAAAACUAAACUGGAGAAGCUAGACACGGAAAUGACUAGCAACUAUGAGAUGCAAAUAUCUGUGAAUUCGAGACCACCAAUUCAGCAAGAAAAGCCUGCAUCUAUAAAACAAAUGUUCGAAUUGAUUGAGAGUGUAGACACAAGUAUUCAAAAAGAUCCAGAUUACAAAUUUAUUAAUAUUACAGGUGUGUCUAUUCAGUUCACACUUGUACCAAUUUAUAGGUUUCUUAAAUUCGAAGGUGAAAAAUUUUAUAAGCAGUUGCAAGACAAUGCUUUAGAAAACUUCCUCAUCAAACUGAAGAAGUACCAAUCAUCCGAAUAUAUUAAAAACCAUGUACUAAAAAAGGAACCUCGCUUGCAAUUUAUUUUAUCCGAUAAUCAAUCCAAAUUAUCAAAAGAUAUUUUGGAAUUUCAAAAGGAAUUAAGAAAGAAAACCGAAGAAGAUUUUAAAUCAGUGUGUGACGCUUUAAGAAAAUACAAAAUUGCGCAAUGCACCUAUAAAGAGCUCUUUCAAAAAAAGCAGGAUUAUGAUAAAAGUGAUUUCAGUACAGAAAAAGUACGCGACAAGAUUAAAUCAUUUGUAUCAUACGGAAGACAAGAACUCAGUAUUGUAUGUGAAAAAGAUGCGACUAUCAACAUUAAAUAUUUUACAAAUCUUGAUAAACUAGAAGAAUGGUUUAAUUCCAGAUUAAGUGUCAAAGUACUAUUGCGGACUAGUUUAAGUGAUUCCUCAAAUAGUACGAUACAUCAUCUUAUUGAAAUCGCCGAUGCUUUACAAAAACAAAAUAUUGAAGUUGGAAUAGCUUUUCCAAGUGUUUUGAAUGAUUUUUCCCUAGAGAUUAAAGAUUAUGAUGACUCUAAAAUUUAUAGAGGGACGAAGGAGAUACUUCAAGUUCUUGAAAUUCUGAAUGCUGCCAUAGGAGUAGGAAAUCCCAUCAAAAGCCGUUUUUACAUGCUAUACGCAUUAUGUUUUAAAAUUCAAUUUCCUAUUCAAGACUUUACUUCUUUAAAUAAAUUAAUAUCUUUGGUAAAAAUUAAUUUUAAUGGUUAUAUUGCUCAUAAUUACAUAGAUUCGCUUCAAAAAAUCAGAGACUCUAAAGAUGGUGAUUUUAAAUUUUUUGUCCCAUUGGAUGCAACAGAUACAGCAUUUGAUGCUAUUUGUGAAAUAAAAAAUAUUUCAUCAAAAGAUUGUUUUUCAGAUGUUGAAUGGAUAUUUGGUGUGUCAGGGAUACCAUUUUCCAAUGCAGCACCGUUAAUACUCAUCUUUAAUGGUGGAAAGAUCAAGGCUGUAUGCCUAAACAAGUUGGAUAUAUUAAUUCUCUUGCAGAUUUUUGAAAAUAAGAAUUUUUCAGUACUGUCCUGCAGUUUUCUAAGUCAUUCAUUUUAUCCUGAUCGAUCUAAAUUUUCUUUGGAAUUUAUAAAAACUGUUGAUCCAACAAAUAUCGAUAUGCAGAAUUUAGAUUCAGUAAACCUGGAAAUACCAUUCAACCAAGAGCCACAUAAAACUCUAAGUGACGUGUUAAGUAUUGUUCGCAGUGCGUCUUUUGGAAAUGAUUGGGAUGUGAUAUCAUCAAUUGCACACUUAGCCACUAAAAACGAUAAUGAAUUAAAAAAUCUUCUUACAAGACAUGGGUGGUGUACUACAGACUCCAAAUUUAAAAAAAUACCUGAGGAUUUGGAAAAACUUAACAGCCAACUGAAGUCUUUAUUUAAAUCACGAGAUUCAUUUUUUAAAAAAAUCGAUAAUGCUAAGGAUGCCGUGAAGUAUACUCGUGAAGCAAAUGACAGAAUUUCUCUACGAAAUCUUAAUCAGGCCAUUGAUUCAAUUUGUAACGACAAACAUUGUAAGUGCGAAUUUAGAGAUAAGUUAGAGAAUCUAAAAGAAAAUGACAUCGAAAAUCGAUGCAAUGGAUAUGAAAAAAUUUUUGAACAAUACUCACCAUUUCAUAUUACAAAUUUGAUUUCUUUAUUGGAACCAAUGGCUCGGCCAUCCAAGAAAGAGUCUCCUGACAUUUUCAAGGGAAUUUCCAACUAUAUUGACAGACUACCAUAUAAUAUUGAACCAUAUAAAAGCCAUUGGGUUGAUAUUAAAACAUUGAUGGACAGAAAACAUUUAAUAGAUCUGACCUCGUUACUUGCAAAGUUGCAUAAUGAUCCACAAUUAUGCAAGCUGCACGAGCAAUUGAAUAAAAUAAGUAGCAUCGACAAUCAAAAUGACAUUAAAAAUUUGUUUGAAUUAUUAUCAGAAAUGAGACUUACAGAGGAGCAUAAAAAAUAUAUUUGGGGAAAUUCUAGAUUUUUAUAUUUGGUCACUUCUAAUACGCCAUUGGCUAUUUCAACAUUAUUCAAAUCAAAUGAUACUAAAGAAUUUCCUACUAUAUAA